AUGCACCACCUGAGGGUAUGUUUCGACUGUGCAGCCAAAAACCCGAGCUGGGCGAGUAUCUCGUACGGUGUGUUCCUGUGCAUCGACUGCUCUGGCAUCCAUCGCUCCCUGGGAGUUCAUCUCAGCUUCAUCAGGUCCACUGAGUUAGACUCCAACUGGAACUGGUUUCAGCUUAGAUGUAUGCAGGUUGGAGGAAAUGCCAAUGCGACGGCGUUCUUCCGCCAGCAUGGCUGCUCCACAAACGACACCAACGCCAAGUAUAACAGCCGUGCAGCCCAGAUGUACAGAGAGAAGAUCCGGCAGCAGGCAAAUGCUGCGUUGUCUAAAUAUGGCACAGAUCUCUGGAUCGACUCCUCUACAGGAGGCACGCCUGCUGUUCCUGAGAAGAAGGAGGCAGACUUUUUUGCAGAACUUACACAGCCUGCUAAUGACUGGAACAUGGCGCCGCUGUCCGAGCAGAACGGAGCCGCUGUCACCCCACAGCUGACGGACACGACGGCUAAAAUCCAGGAUGACAACCAGCCAGAGGACGGUCCCAGCAUCGACGGCCUGAGCACCUCACCCAAAGCCUCCAUCGAGGAAUCCAUGCGUCUGUCAUCACAGGAAGGAUGGACACCCCAAGAUGUGAAGCCUUCCAUCAUUGGAAAAAAGAAGCCCAUGGCGGCCAAAAAAGGGCUCGGUGCAAAGAAAGGUCUCGGUGCCCAGAAGGUGAGCAGCAAGAGUUUCUCGGAGGUGGAGAAGCAGGCGCAAGUGGCCGAGAAGCUGAGAGAGGAGCAGGCUGCUGAGGCGAAGAAACAAGCUGAGGAGUCCAUUGUGGCCUCGAUGCGUUUGGCUUACAAAGAGCUGGAGAUUGACAGGAAGGUGGAGGAGAAGAAGCUUCAGAACAUGGAAGGCAAGAAGAGAGAGCAGGCCGAGAGACUGGGCAUGGGCUUCGGCACCAGGAGCACUGUGUCUCACUCAGUGAUGUCAGAGAUGCAGGUGAUUGAGCAGGAGACUCCUGUCGGAGCCAAGUCCUCCUCUCGCUCCAAACUGGACAUGUUUGAUGAGCCUGGUUUCACCUCCGGACCCCCAAAGUAUAAGGACAACCCGUUUACAGUGGGAGACAGUUUUGGAUCCCGGUGGGAUACCGAGGGAGGGACCGCCUCCUUUACCACCUCCUGGGCUCUGGAGAAAGAGGACCCCAAAGAGGAGGUCACCAUCUCUAGUAUUCAGCCAAUCGGAGAGAGACUUCCCAGCAGAAGAAAAGCCGAGGUUUCAGCUCCAGUGUCAGAGUCCAGCGAGGCCAGACAGAAGUUUGCAAAUGCGAAGGCGAUCUCUUCGGACAUGUUCUUCGGCCGGGAGAGCAGCGCAGAGUAUGAUGCAAAGACAAGACUGGAGAACAUGUCUGGAAGCACCUCCAUCAGUUCAGCUGACUUGUUUGGGGAUGGCAGUGACAAUAAAGGACGGGCAUCAGGCUUCGACGGCGUGCUCCCCUCCGGCCCGGACAUCGCACAGUUCAAACAAGGAGUGAAGACCGUAGCGGGCAAGAUGGCUGUCCUCGCCAACGGCGUGAUGAAUACAAUCCAGGAUCGCUACGGCGCCUACUGAUCAGCCCCGAGAGCGGAGCACCAACCUGUGGGAAGACAUACUAACUAACGCCUGUGUAGAGCCAACCAGCCUCCUCACUGACAC